AGCUCGGCGACGACCACGACCCCGCAGCUUUUCUACAGCUGCAACAACGACGGGCGAUGGCUCCGAUGCCCCCCUCCUCAGUCCUCACCCGAUAGUCAAACCCACCCGAAAAGGCCGACCCAAUUUCCUCCUCCUUCCCAAAAUCGCCGAUCGAAUCCCCGACCGACCAUCGAUCGGAGCGGCGCGAAAGGAGCGAAAUUGAUCGCAGUUUCGGGCACCCAAUGGCCCAAACCUCCAGACCCACCAGCGUCCUCGAUUCCCUGGGCGAGGAGAUCGUCCGGAUCAUCACCCCCGUCUCGAUUUGCAUGUUCUUGGUGGUGAUCUUGGUCUCCGUGCUGGACUCUUCUUCUUCAUCGCCCACCUCGGUCUCCUCCAUGGCCACCAUCGCCUACUCCGAGGCCGACUCCGACUCCGACUGGGACAAGUUCGUGGGCGCGCUCUGGAACUCCCUCGCGUUCGUGGCCGUCGUGACGGCCGUGACCUUCGUGCUGGUGCUCUUGUUCUACCUGAGGUGCACCCGGUUCUUGAAGCUCUACAUGGGUUUCUCGGCUUUCGUCGUGUUGGGGUUCUUGGGAGGUGAAAUUUCUCUGUUCCUGAUUCAAGAUUUCAGCAUCCCGAUCGAUUGCGUCACGUUUUUCGUGGUCUUGUUCAAUUUUGCGGUCGUGGGUGUCUUGGCCGUGUUCGUGUCCAAGAUGGCGAUUUUCGUGACGCAGGGGUAUUUGGUAGUUAUUGGGAUGUUGGUUGCUUAUUGGUUUACCAUGCUGCCCGAAUGGACGACUUGGGUUCUGUUGGUUGCUAUGGCGCUGUAUGAUCUUGCUGCUGUUCUGUUGCCCAUGGGGCCGCUGAGGCUCCUGGUGGAGCUCGCGAUAUCGAGGGAUGAGGAUAUCCCUGCUCUGGUUUACGAGGCGAGGCCGGUGACUCAUGGCGAUUCAGGUCAUGAGGGUGGUGUAGUUCAGAGAAGAGUGUGGAGAGAGAGGCGUAAUUCUGCUCACGAUCCGACUGAGGUUCCUAAUGUAAAUUCGAUGGUUAAUCCUGCAUUGCAUGGAAAUUCAAACAAUGACCCAACCUCCUAUGCCAAUACCACGUCCGUUGCAAAUGGAAACACUAGCCCUGGUAGUUUAUCUGUUAAUAGUGUCCAUAAUGUCACAAAUUCAGUUGCAGCCCAAGAGAGGCUGUCACAAGACUCUGAAGAAAAAAGCCAGCUUUCUGCCCCACUGAUUGAUCAUAGAAUAAACGUUGGUUCUCAGGGGCAUGGAGACACCAUACCGAGUGAGAAUUUGGUGCUAGAGGGUAUGGGCCUUGGUUCUUCUGGUGCUAUAAAGCUCGGUCUAGGUGACUUCAUCUUCUACAGUGUUUUAGUGGGUAGAGCAGCAAUGUAUGAUUUCAUGACAGUGUAUGCCUGUUAUCUUGCCAUUAUAGCUGGACUAGGUAUUACAUUGAUGCUGCUGGCAUUUUAUCAGAAGGCACUCCCGGCUCUUCCAGUGUCAGUAUUGCUAGGGGUUGUGUUCUAUAUAUUGACCAGGCUCUUACUUGAAAUAUUUGUUGUACAAUUAGCCUCAAACCUCUUGAUGUUCUAGAAUUCAAUUUAUCCCCAAUUGUGUAUCAUUGGUACCAAAUUGGUUGACAAAAAUGUGUACUUUGUAAUGAUUACGUACUAAUGGGCAAUUAUAAUGCAUUCUAUUCUCAAA